CGCACACGACCGGGGAAACCACAAGACCAUCAAACUCCUAGAUCCUUACCAUUUAUAAGGAUACUGGGAGCAAUAGGCGCCACUUUAACCCAUGCCCGAAAUCCAAAGGGCGACGGUUCCGAACAAGUGGACCAAUCAGCUCCGAACCGUCAAUUCGGUUCCCGAAAUGAGUCUAGAUUGAACAGUGCCCGCAUGCAAAUCUUGGGCUUGGCAUUGAGGGCGUCAAGUGCCCUAGCUGGAAUAGCACAGAAUGGGGGUGGGCACGACCCGACCGGAAUGUGCCUCAUCCAAAUGAUCACCAAACUUGAUUUUCGAAAAAUUUCCCUGAUGGCCGCUUUAUCGCCGCGCUCAGGAUAUCGCGCAAACACACGCGCACCAAAAAAUGCGCUGAAAACCUACUCUUCACUCCCAUUCAACUCGCAGGGAUACAAUUUUCUUGUCGGUGAUAGCCUCUACAUACGGACGAUAAAAGAGGGUCGAUCCGA